GAUCGCUGCUGUUCUCUCACACCCGCAGUGUCUGGACUUUAAACCUCCGUUUCAGCCGCGACAGGAGCUGCAGUUCUGCGCCAUGUACAAACACUUCGGCUGCUGCGACUUCAGCAGAGACCAGCAGCUCCUGACCAAGUUCUACCGCAUCAUGGACAACUUCGAUUAUUAUGGAUAUGCCACCUGUGCCAGCUAUGUGCAGGACCUUCUCUGCCAGGAAUGCUCACCAUAUGCUGCUCACCUUUUUGAUGCUGAAGACCCAAGAACGCCCCUGAGAUCCAUUCCUGGACUCUGUCCAGACUACUGCUCCAUCCUCUACUCUAAAUGCAGAUCAAUCAUCCCGCUGAUGUCUGACGACCCACACCUGACAAAACUGGAACACAAUCGCACCAAGCUCUGUCAGUACCUGGAACUUGAUGAUCCAGACUACUGUUUCCCUCGCAUCCUAAGCAGCGAGCACUUAAAUAUAAACCUGGGUCGCGUGACCACGGAUAGGGACGGGUGUCUCCAGAUGUGUUUGGAGGAGGUCGCUAAUGGACUCAGAAAUCCCUUAGCCAUGGUCCAUGCUAACGAUGGCACCCACAGGUUUUUUAUCGCCGAGCAGGUCGGUGUAGUUUGGGUGUAUCUUCCAGACAGGUCAAGGCUGAAAAAGCCAUUUCUUAACAUUUCGGAGUCCGUGCUGACCUCUCCGUGGGAGGGUGAUGAGAGGGGGUUCCUGGGUCUCGCAUUUCAUCCCAAUUUCAAGCACAACGGAAAGCUGUAUGUGUAUUACUCUGUAGAGGUGGGCAUUGACGAGAGGAUCCGGAUCAGCGAGUUCCACAUUUCUGCUGCUGAUAUGAACGUUGUUGACCAUAAUUCAGAAAGGGUUAUUUUAGAGAUUGAUGAACCUGCCUCUAAUCACAAUGGAGGUCAGCUUCUCUUUGCUGAUGAUGGGUACUUGUACAUCUUCACUGGUGAUGGUGGCAUGGCUGGAGACCCAUUUGGAAAAUAUGGAAAUGCACAAAACAAGUCUGCUCUUUUGGGGAAGGUGCUCCGCAUAGACGUGGACAACAACGACAAGGGGCCGCUUUACAAAAUACCUCCCGACAACCCGUUUGUGCACGAGCGUAACGCUCGGCCUGAAGUGUUCGCGUACGGUGUAAGGAACAUGUGGAGAUGCUCUGUGGACAGAGGGGACCAAAAAACCAAAGAAGGGAAAGGACGCAUUUUCUGUGGGGACGUGGGCCAGAAUAAAUAUGAAGAGAUCGAUCUGGUGGAGAAAGGCAAGAACUACGGCUGGAGAGCUAAAGAGGGUUUCUCCUGUUAUGACAAGAAACUGUGCGCCAACAGCUCUUUAGAUGAUGUUCUUCCAAUUUAUGCAUAUCCUCAUAAAAUCGGGAAAUCAGUGACAGGAGGAUACAUCUACCGGGGCUGUGAAUACCCCAAUUUAAAUGGAAUGUACAUAUUUGGAGACUUCAUGAGUGGGCGCCUGAUGAGCCUAAAGGAGAACAGAAAUACGGGCAGAUGGGACUACAAUGAGAUCUGUAUGGGCAUGGGCCAGACCUGUACAUUUCCAGGCCUCAUCAACAAUUACUACCAGUACAUCAUUUCAUUUGGGGAAGAUGAAGCAGGUGAACUUUAUUUCAUGUCUACUGGCGUGGCAAGUGCAACGUCACCCAAAGGGGUUGUUUAUAAGAUUGUCGACCCAUCACGACGUGCUCCACCCACAAAGUGUCAUUACAGUCCCCUUCCAGUGCGAGUCCACAGCCAGCUCACACCAUUCAAGCCAAAGGAAAGUACGUCUUCUGGCUCAACAGUGGCUUUAUAUUUAAAUCAUGUGUCUGUUUUCAUAAUGGUCCAACGUUACUGUUUAUAAAAGUAGAGUUUUCUAGUACACGUCGUAAAUGGUUUGUACAAUUAUUAUAAAUGCACUUCUACUGUAGUGAGGUACUGAUAAAUAUUAUGUUACUACUGUAUUUAUAUGUAUAGUAUUGCUUUCUAUUUAUAUGUUUAUAAGAUGUUUUAUUUAACUACUUAUUGAGAUACUUUAACGUAUGCAUGACUGACAUGACCAAAAGCUUUAACACAUUUCCCUGUACUGAGAAAUAAACAGAACAAAACUAUUUUUUGACAAACUCUACAAUACUAUUUAAAAUAUGUGACUUCAAAACAUAAAUAUAGCCGCUCAGGUGGCACAGCGGUAAAAACACGCUAGCACACCAGAGCUGACAUUUCGAACUCGUUGGUUCGAAACUCAGCUCUGCCAUCCGGCUGGCUGGGCGCCUACACAAACUAUUGGCUGUUGCUGGGUGCCAGAAGGGCCCUCAUAACUGAUGCAAUUACGACCUCUGCUGGCUGAUUGAUGGUGCCUGCACGGAGUCGAGGAAUAAUGUGAUCAGGGUGUGGCUCUUUGUAUACAAAGCUGAUACACACAUGAACUCAGCUUGUGCAGGUGAAAAGAUGCAGUCGGCUACUGCACACGUGUCAGAGGGGGUGUGUGUUAGUCACGACGAGAUCAAUAUAGAGGAAGCAUAAUGCAAUCAGGUAAUUGGAUACGACUAGAUUGGGGAGGAAAAUUGGGGGAAAUGCAAAAAAAAUUGUUAUACUGAAACAACAAAGAAUUUAGAAUAAAAGACUAAAGAAAA